AUGACCGGUUCGCGUUUCAACAUCAAGCAGGAUCCGAAGUCUGGAAAAGGCAACGUGACGUCAAAAAACAGCUCGCGAACGAUCCAGCUGCCGGCCCAAGGUGCCCGAUCCCAGUUUCCUCCAAACUUGAUACGAAACCAGAAGUACUCUGUUAUCUCCUUCCUACCAGUUGUCUUCUAUGAGCAGUUCAAGUUCUUCUUCAACUUCUAUUUCCUCGUCGUCGCGCUAAGCCAAUUCGUCCCGGCGUUGAAGAUUGGUUACAUCGUCACAUAUGUUGCCCCUCUCGCUUUUGUCCUCGCGGUCACUAUGGGCAAGGAGGCGUACGACGACUACUGUCGGUACCAGCGUGAUCGUGAAGCCAACUCAACGCGCUACCUGGUUCUUCUUCCUCACGACUCGGUUGACGAGUCCAACCCUCCCGCCUAUGACCUCCCCAGACCUCAGACUAGAUUGACGCCGUCUUCUGGGAUCAAGGUCGGCGACAUGGUUCUGCUAGAGAAGAACCAAAGGGUUCCGUCCGACAUAGUCCUCUUGACGACAAGCGAGGAGGAGGGCACCUGCUUCAUCCGUACCGACCAGCUUGACGGCGAGACGGACUGGAAGCUCAGGGCCGCCGUGGGCGAGACUCAGCGACUCGGAGAGAAAGGCGUCGGAGGGAUAGAGGGCAAUCUUUUUGCGGACCCGCCCAUCAAGGACAUCCACAGCUUCUACGGCGUCCUGACUCUCCGUUCCACAGAUCCAGGCCUGCAGAUGGAGACAUCGAUCCCUCUUUCCGUGGAGAACGUCCUGUGGGCUAACACCGUCCUCGCUGCUGGUUCUGCCGUUGGACUAGUCGUCUACACUGGUAGGGACACGCGGGCUGUUCUCAACACAAGCGAGCCGGAGACGAAAAUGGGCUCUCUGGAGAAGGAAGUCAACAAGAUGGCCAAGAUCCUCUGCACUGUCACCUUUGCGCUGUCGGUUUUCCUUGUCGCACUUAAUGGGUUCCGGGGACAGUGGUACAUCUACGUCUUCCGGUUCCUAAUCUUGUUCUCCUCCAUCAUCCCCAUCAGCCUGCGCGUCAACCUCGACAUGGCCAAAACUGUUUACACGCAUCACAUCCAAACCGACUGCGAGAUCCCGGGAACGAUUGUCCGCACGAGCACUCUUCCGGAAGAGUUGGGCAGAAUUGAGUAUCUCUUGACGGACAAGACAGGCACACUGACUCGCAACGAAAUGGAGAUGAAGAAACUCCACAUGGGAACGGUCGUCUUCACGUGGGAGUCUAUGGAUGAGGUUGCCCAUCUCCUGUCGCAGGCGCUUGGGGAACAACCUCAAAAGCGACAGGGCUCAGUUGGUUCUGGUGUCUUGCCGCGCAGCCGCCGCGACAUCUCCACUCGCGUCAAGGACGCUGUGAUGGCACUGGCGACGUGUCACAACGUGACACCUGUGACCAACGACGACGGGACAGUGACCUACCAGGCAUCGUCGCCGGAUGAGGUUGCCAUUGUCGAGUGGACCGAGACGGUCGGGGUGAGACUAGCUUCACGGGACCGGACGAGCAUGACCUUGAAGACGAGGUCAGGCCAGAUCUUGGCGUUCGACAUUCUUGCGGUCUUCCCGUUCACGUCCGAGUCAAAACGCAUGGGUAUCAUCAUCCGGGACAGGGCCACAGGCAUCACGACCUUCGUUCAGAAGGGAGCGGAUGUUGUCAUGUCCAAAAUCGUUCAGAAGAACGACUGGCUCGACGAAGAGACCGGAAAUAUGGCCCGCGAGGGCCUCCGCACUCUUGUUGUUGGUCGUAAGCGCCUGUCCAAUGAGAGUUAUGCCGCAUUCGACUCGAAGUACAGGGAGGCACAGCUUGUGGCUGGCGACGAGCGGACGGACGCCAUGCGCACUGUUGUCCAGGAGUAUCUUGAAUCGGACCUAGAGCUGUUGGCCUUGACCGGUGUGGAGGACAAACUGCAGGACGAUGUCAAGCCGACCCUUGAGCUCAUGCGAAACGCCGGCUUAAAGAUCUGGAUGUUGACCGGCGACAAGAUUGAGACGGCCACCAGCAUUGCAGUGUCCAGUAAGCUGGUCUCACGCAACCAGUACAUUCACCAGGUUGCAAAGCUCCAAUCACCAAAUCAAGUCCGUGACAUGCUCGACUUUCUCCAGGCCAAGCUUGACUGCUGCCUCGUUAUCGACGGCGAGUCUCUCCAGCUCUGCUUGGACUCGUUCAGUGCCGAAUUCGUCUUGUUGGCCACUCAACUACCAGCAGUUGUCGCCUGCCGGUGUUCGCCGACCCAAAAGGCGGACGUCGCGCGACUGAUCCGCGAGUUCAGUAAGAAGACUGUCUGCUGCAUCGGUGACGGAGGGAAUGACGUUAGCAUGAUCCAGGCUGCCGAUGUUGGUGUUGGCAUCGUCGGUAAAGAAGGCAAGCAGGCGUCUCUCGCUGCAGACUUUUCGAUCAACCAGUUCUCCUACCUCACACAACUCCUUCUCUGGCACGGGCGGAACUCGUACAAGCGCUCCGCAAAGCUCUCACAGUUCGUCAUUCACCGCGGUCUGAUCAUUGCCGUCAUUCAGGCCGUCUUCAGCUCCAUCUUCUUCUUUGCCCCCAUUGCUGUGUACCAAGGAUGGCUGCAGGUCGGCUACGCGACCGUCUACACCAUGGCUCCCGUCUUCUCACUCGUCCUGGAUCGCGAUGUCAAUGAGGACACGGCGCUCAUGUACCCCGAAUUGUACAAGGAGCUCACCAAGGGCCGGUCUCUUAGCUACAGGACAUUCUUCACCUGGCUCACGAUUAGUGUCUACCAAGGUGGCACCAUCAUGCUCCUCUCGCUGCUCCUCUUCGAGUCCGAGUUCCUACAUAUCGUCGCCAUUUCGUUCACAGCACUCGUCCUCAACGAGCUCAUCAUGGUCGCACUCGAAAUCACCACGUGGCACAAGUAUAUGGUCAUGAGCGAGUUUGCAACUGCUAUCAUCUACUUUGGCUCGAUGUGGAUCUUGCCAGAGUACUUUGACAUGCACUUUGUGCUCACGUCGACGUUCAUCGCCAAGGUAGCCUUCAUUGUGGCCGUGUCUAGCCUUCCGCUCUAUGUGAUCAAGGCUUUGCACCACCGGCUCAACCCAGCAGCCUACGCCAAGGUGAACGAAUCGUAG